GACGACGGGCGUCGAUCAGAGAGCUUUGACUUAGUGUAUUGUACCCCCUAUAAAAAGGGUGGCACCCCUCAUUGUAAUGGAUCCGAAUUUGAAGUCAAUAUACUCCUACUUUGCAUUCUCUCUCUCUAAAACUUUUAUUAUUUCAUACUCUCGGUGGUUUAUAGCCAUCAAAUUGGUGCUCUCGUUGAGAGGAGAGGAACAUACUCGUAGGUUAACUCCCGAACGCGAGAAUGGUGCAAACAAGGAGCAACGUCCCCACCACCAGCCACGUCGUUGGCGAGGAGAACGCGCCGGGCAGCGGCAACGGCACGGGAGGUAUCGGCUUGACUCCAGACGUGGUCCAAGCGCUGUUCGGUUUGGGGGUGACCGCGGAGCAGCUCCAGGCAGCCGUUGCGGCACUUUCCGCCAUGGGUGGGAACGUGCCCGGCGCCGGGGUUGGCAAAGCUCCGCCCGGUCUCCAUGCCGAACACACUGCCACUUCCCAACACAAGGGGAAGAAGACCCGUAGGAGCAAAAGGAGGCCCGACAAAGCCCCAGUGUUCGAGGAGGUGAUAGUGGAGGACAUUUCCGAAGGAGAAGAUGAUGAGUCCAGCGAGUGCCGAGUGUCGGCCUUCAAGCGCUUAGGAGGUGAAGAGACCCGGGUGUCGGCCUUCGACAGGCUCGACCGCGGACCGGAAGGUCACCCGGGCGACCUCCGCCGACAAAUAACCGAAGGCAGGCGGAGGCAUGCUGAAGAGUCCGCGGCAUCGGAUGCUCGCUCGACGAGGCCCGAGCGGAGCGGAGAAAGGCGGGACAAGCGCACCCAGCGUCGCCAUAGUCCAACAAGAACUGAGAAAACAAAGGCCUCUGACCAGGGGGUAUCUCGGCUCGCUCGUGAGAUUGCUGAGCUCAAGCGCCGAGUGGAGACCAGGGCUCCUUACAGCCAGCCCAUCUUGCGGACGGUAACCCCGUUCACUCCGAGGGUUAUGUCGGUUCCGCUGCCGGCAAACUUCCGGCCGUGGCAGAUCAAGGCCUACAACGGAACGACGGACCCCCAAGAUCAUUUGUCUAAGUUCUAUGCUUCUAUGGAAGCGGCGGCAGCCCCGGAUGAGGUCAAGUGCCGAUGCUUUCUCGCGACGCUGGAGGGCUCCGCGUGCGAUUGGUUCAACCGGCUCCCGAAGGGAACCAUUGAUGAUUGGGAUACGCUAGCGGAGAAGUUCUUGACGCAUUUCGCGGCCAACCGAAGGCAGAGGCUACCUUACUCCCACCUGUUCAACAUAUGCAUUCGCAAAGGAGAGAAGAUCCGCGACAUCAUAACCCGGUGGGAGAAGGAAGCCAGAGACGUGCACGAGGCGGAUGACCAAGCUUUGGUGGCCAUGUUCCAAGCAGCUCUUCCCCGCGGUGAGGUGAGGAAGGAGCUCCGCAAGAAUCCUUCCCCCACGUACCAAGAAACCUUGGCGCGCGCUAAGUUCUUGGCCUCGGAGGAAUUCGAUGAUGCCCCUAACUCCGAGGCCGCGCCGACCAAGCGAGCUCCCGCAGAUUCAGAGGAGAUAGUGAAGAAGAGGAAGAAGAAGAAAGACUACACUGUGGGCCCGAGGACGCCCUCGACGGGUGUGUACUCCGUCGGUGCGCCCGCGGGGACGGGUCGAGAGCUAGCCCUCUCCCCGCUCCCGCACGUAGAGACCUAUGCGAUGUCCAGCGGCGCCAAGUACUGCGAGUAUCACCGCAACAACACUCACAACACUAAGGAAUGCUUCACUCUUCAAAAGGAGAUGCAGCGACUCAUCGCCCGAGGGCCGGCUCCGCGAGACGAUGGAGCAACCCCUUCCCGGGGUCCACGGGAAGGGAGAACAUGGAGGAAGCCGACCGAGCCGGUCGUGGUGGCCACGCAAGCGAGGAACCCCGAGAAGAGGCACAUUGGGCGAGAGUGUGAUGAACUAGACGAGGACGAAGCCCAAGGAUAUCCGGUGGGGUUCAUCCAUGGAGGAAAUAUCGGCAGGGACUCCGCCGCUCAAAGAAAGAGGUGGAAGCACAUGGCCUUCGUCGCCAAGGUCCAACAGGCGCCGACGCCCAAGCUCGGAAGACGAGAGCAAAUCCAAUUCACGGAGAAGGAUCUUUCGGACACGCUGAGCCCCCACCGGGACGCCUUAGUCGUGAGGAUGAAGAUCAACAACGCCAUAGUGCACCGCACCUUGGUGGACACGGGAAGCUCGGUCAACAUAAUGUAUGCGAAGACCUUUCAAGACCUCGGCUUGGACCGCAAGGAUUUAAGGCCCGUGCGCACUCCUCUCUCCGGGUUCACGGGGGACUCCAUCGAGGCCGAAGGAGUCAUCACCGUGCCCGUGAUAGUAGGGGAUGGUGCGCACAAGGCCAGGUUGAGGAUGGAGUUCAUGGUUGUGAGCAUCAGCUGCGCGCACAACAUGAUCCUAGGACGGCCACGCCUUGAGGACUUGGAAUGUGUGAUCUCCCCAUACUACUUGUGCAUGAAGUUCCCCACUCCUUCGGGAAUCGGGGUGGCGAGGGGAGACCAAAAGUUAGCUCGGUCAUGCUAUGUCGGAAUCACAAAGAAGUUGCCAAGGGAUGAGACAUUAGUCGUGCACGCACAAGAAGAAAUGCGGAAGCUGGAAGCACGGUCGAAGGCCGAGCCCGCUGAGGAGGUCGAUGAAGUGCCGCUCGACCCUCGGGAACCCGAGCGGAAGGUGAAGGUCGGGGUGAGCCUGACCGGGAGCCAGCGGAAGCGCUUAGUGGACGUGCUCUCCGCCUACUACGUGAUCUUUACAUGGGGACCCGGGGAUAUGCCGGGGGUAGACCCCAAGGUCAUAUGUCACCACUUGGCUGUCAACCUGGAGGCUAGGCCGGUGAAGCAGAAGAAGCGGUUCCUCUCAUCCGAGCGGAGGGAGUUUGUCUCCAAGGAGGUGGCCACCCUCCAGAGCAUUGGGCAUAUCAGAGAGCCCAUUGGUGCGCUGCUCAGGAGCCCGAACGCGCCCUCGCGCAUGUCCAAGUGGGCGGUGUUCCUUGGAGCUUUCCAGAUCGAAUUCAAGCCAAGGAUGGCGCCCUCCCGGAUGAUGCAAANUCUAGAGUUACUUAAGAGUUUCACCGCGUAUAGUGUGGAGCAGAUCCCUCGGGCGGAGAAUGCCGAGGCGGAUAUCUUGUCGAAGCUGAGCUCGGACACGCCCGAGCACAUCAGGCGGAUGGCGAACGUGGAAGAGUUGUCCGAGCCGAGCAUCCAUGCCUUCCCCGUGGCGAUGAUCUGUGCUCGGCCAAGAGAUUGGAUGGACGACAUAGUUGCCUUCUUGAAGGAUGGCGCCCUCCCGGAUGAUGCAAAUAAGGCCAAGCUGGUCCGGACUAGGGCACCCGGGUACACUUGGGAGGGCGGAAACUAUACGAAGUCAAACACUUGUGCUCGGUGCUCCUCCUCAGGAGGAAGGCCGAGCGCAGACCAUGCCCGGAUGUUCUUCCCGGAUGAAGGUCAAACACUCGUGCUCGGUGCUCCUCUUCAAGAGGAAGGGCGAGCGCAGACCAUGCCCGGAUGUUCUUCCCGGAUGAAGGUCAGACACUCGCGCUUGGCACUCCUCCUCGGGAGGAAGGCCGAGCGCAGACCAUACCCGGAUGUUCUUCCCAGACGAAGGUCAAACACCCGUGCUCGGCGUUUCUCCUCAGGAGGAGGGUCGAGCGCAGACCAUACCCGGAUGUUCUUCCCGGAUGAAGGUCAGACACUCGCGCUUGGCGCUCCUCCUCAGGAGGAGGGUCGAGCGCAGACCAUACCCGGAUUUUCUUCCCGGAUGGAGGUCUAACAUUUGCGCUCGACGCUCCUCCUCGAGAGGAAGGCCGAGCGCAGGCCAUACCCGGAUGAUCUUCCGGGAUGGAGGUCUAACAUUUGCGCUCGGCACUUCUCCUCGGGAGGAAAACUGAACGUAGACCAUACCCGGAUGUUCUUCCCGGAUGAAGGUCAAACACGCACGCUCAAAAUAAUAACUAAAAAAAUGAGACAUAAAAUCAAAUUCAUAUCUUAUU